AUGAGGACGAGCUGCACUUAUAACAACGGGGAGCGCGUGAGCGGAGGCAAUUCACCUCAGCAGUACCCUUACCGGAACCGCGUGGAUGAGACCGACGACACAGUGUUCCUCAUGUACACCAGCUUCUUCCAGCCACUGAUGCGUGAGGCGCUGGGCCCGGCCAUGCACCAGAUGCUGGACGAGGAGCGCCAAAUGCAGCUGGUGGGCCUGCACAACGCUGAAGACUACCGAGCAGCCUGCCAACAGUUCAUUCACUUUGUUGCCAGCUUUCUUACGCUGCACGUCAGUGUGCUUCAGGGCAGGGAGCUGCAGCCCACCAUCAGCCAGCGAGGCCUGACCGCAGCAUCGGAUCUGUCGGCAGUCGAAGACACAGCUGCCAACCCAGAGCAGAGGGUGGCCAAGGUGCUCAUGCUGGUGCGCCAGUUGCUGGCUGCCGCCGCCAGCUCAGAGGAGGCCGAGGCAGAGGUGGGCCCGCUGCAACGGGAGCAUGUGCUGCGCCUGCUGCAUGCCCCAGCCUUUACCCGCCAGCUGGCAGGCAUCAAGCAGCUGCGGGACCUUGCGGCUUUCACCUUCUACCAAUCACGCCUGGGCAGCGAGGCAUUUAUGGCAUGGCUGCAGCAGCACGGUAUAGUCCAGCUGGUGCUCAAGUCCAACCUGCACCAAGCGCAGUAUGCGGAUCAGAUGGCUCGACAUUUGAGGCGGUAA